UGUUUCCGUUCCAGCACACGAUCUCAGAUCAGGUCACGUGCUAUGCAAGUACAUCUCCGUAAUAAAUAUGUGUGUGUGUAUAUGUAUGUGUGUAUGUGUAUGCAUAUAUGUAUAUGUAUUAUUAAAAAGCAGCAAAAAUAUCACUAAAACUGUUACCGUUCGUCGGACAGUUUCUAAACAAAACUGUCCGACUAACGGGAACGUGAAAGUCUGAGUAACAGUUUUUGUGAUUUUUUUGCUGCUUUUUAGGUGUUCGAGUACUUUUUUUCCACCUUGUUUCGCAUAUAUGUGAUUACUCUGGUGUGUGUGUGUGUGUCUAUAUGUAUAUAUAUAUAUCUGUGUAUAUGGCGAUAUUUCGUGAAACUAAAAAUAGUGAAGGGGAUUUCCCAAGCACAACACAAACAUAGUGUGGUAUUACAAGUGUACUGCUUACAUAUUUAAAAGAUUUACGAUUUCAUUCUUCAAAAAUUCACCGAAUGAAAAUAAAUAUUAAUAAUACCGAAAGAAAAUGACAAAAAAUCUGAAGACACCUCCAGGGGACCUACAUUAUGAAAUUGAAAGAUUGCUAACAUUCUCUGUAAAUAGUCAUCCAAAGCUAACAGCUAUAGAGCUUGCUGCAAAUGGUUAUUAUUAUGAUAGUUUGGAAGAAAAAAUUAUUUGCUUUUUCUGUAAAUCUGUACUGGAAUUUUCAGAUUCCACUUUUAAACAUAUUUAUUCAUGUAGACAUAAAGAUGACAAUUUUCCAGUUUAUUUACAUGAUGGUACAGAUAUUGAAAAUGCUACAGCUUCUAAUGAACAAAACACUGAACGAGAAACUGAGAUUGUAGUGAGAAUUAGUACUGAAAAUUCAAAUAAAAAUGAAAUACCCAACAUGCAAAAAAGACUGGACACCUUUGAAAAUUGGAACACAAGUGUCCCAGUAGCACCCACUGAUCUUGCAAAGAAUGGAUUUUAUUACCUAGGUUAUAGCAAUGUUGUUAAAUGUGCAUACUGUACUGUCCAACUCCACAAAUGGAAAGAAAAUUAUGAUAUCCAUGAAGAACACACACGUUUAAAUCCAGAAUGUCCAAUUUUAAGAUAUUUUAGGAAAACGGAUUUAGAAUAUGAACAGUAUCGCCAAAAGAGUUUUGACAAAUGGCCAACACAUCACCCAUUAAAAGCUAAAGAUUUGGCAGCUAAUGGAUUCUACCACAAGGGGCCUGCUGAUAAUGUCUGUUGUAUUUUUUGCAAAUGUGAAAUCAAAAAUUGGAAAGCUAAUGAUAAUAUUAAAGAAAAACAUAGGUCAAUUUCUCCGAAUUGCCCUUUCUUGUGUGAGAAAUUGGUAGGUAACGUACCAAAACCAAAACAGAGUAAUAAAUUUGACUCUCCAAUACAUCCAUAUUUUGCCUCAUUAAGUGAACGCCUUAAAACAUUUUCUUCACGGCCAAAGAAUAAAAAUCAAAAACCUAAAUCUUUAGCAGAUGCUGGGUUCUUUCAUAAUGGUAUUUCUGAUACAGUAAUUUGUUUUAGCUGUGGUUGUACUUUAUGUGAUUGGGAUGAGGAUGAAGAUCCAUGGCACAAACAUGCUCAAUACUCUCCAAAAUGUACUUUUGUACAGCAGAUGAAAGGUUCUAAGUACAUCACAGAAGCAAGUGGGAAAAGCAAAGAACUUUCAAAUAACCAGGAAUUAGAGCAUGAAAGAUCAAGUUCUAUGGAAGAUGUUACAACUUUCCCAAACACUCCAGCUUCAGGUAUUCUGCCCAUAUUUGCAGAUUUGAAAUUGAAUUCAUCAUUUAUGGAUACACCUUCAGUUCUAGCUGUUUUGUCUCUCGGUUAUAAACGAAGUUUAGUGAAAAAACUAGUGAAAAAUAAAAUCAAGGAAACAGAAUUCUACAUUUGUGGAGGAAGAAAGUGAGGCACAAGAACAAGGGACCAGAAGCAAGAAGGGAUGUCACUUCAAGAAGCAGUUGGUUCAAGACAGCCUCUUCUUUGCUAGUGUAUUGUACAGGACAGAUGUGCAUUUGGGAACGAUCUUAGUUGGGUAGUUCUUUUUGGCCAGAAGCUCAGGUAGAGGACACGUAAGGGUACAACUACCAAGUUUUGCUGGUUCCUGUGGCUUGACAUUUGGAUUGACUGUUGCCAAUUGCAUCUCAUGUUAAGAGCAACCUUUAUAUGUACCUUACAACCACAAGCUGUUUUGGCAUGUUUACCAGUUGUGAAGAUAUAUGUCCAAUUUAGUUUUUAAUAUUUUUUUUCUUUUUUUGCUCCUGCCUUUCCAACUAGCAACACACAUGAUGGCUACAAAAAUUAGAAUCAGUAGCAAUGUAUUGAGACUGUUUGGUAGGGAAGGUGAUGUGGUGGCUUGGAUAAAAAAUGGUGAAACUCAUGGUGAAGUUGCAGAGUAUUGAAUAUGUGGCUAGCCCUAUGCCGCUUUACCUAGAAGGAAGUGCUUUAAAUCUGUACUUAAAAAUGGAUGAAGCAAUCAGGUCAAAGUAGAGAAAAUUGAAGAGCAUCUGAGGGACAUGUAUGUGGAAGGGGCUUUCAAAGCCUACAGCAAGUUUGGGAGAGUAAGAUUUACAGGCAAGCUAGUAGAUGAUUAUGUGAGUGAGAUCAGGAGGUUGGUGGGGUUAACAGGGUUUACCAGAGCAGCGAUUGAGUAGAUAGUGAAGCUGGCUUUUGUGAUCGGAUUCCCCAAUCAUAUCUCAGUGUGUUUGCAGCUGAUAUCAGUAGGAGAAAUGGUGGACAAGACAUGAGUGUGGACACAAAACAACACACAUGACGUAGUGGUGACAGUGAUGGCGAAUAUGAGUAGGACAAAUAAGCAGGCAGCAACCAGUGACAACAGAUGUAUAAUGAGAUGGACUGUGCUUUAGGUGUCAGGGUCCACCUAAAGUUAAGUAAUGCACAGAAGUCAAGGAAUCCACCUAAAGUCAAGGAAUGCACAGAACCAAAACCUGUAGUAGUGUACCCAACCUGGACACAUAACAAUCUAUUGUAAAUAAGGAAAUGAGAAGAGGGGAAUUACUGCACUAUUAGUUCCCCCAACAACCAACUGAUGGUGCACCACCAUUCAUUGCCUGUAACAAGGGUUCUGGUGGGGCAAGGGAAGCACAAGCCCUUGUGGAUACAGGUUGCACAACAAUUCUGAUGACCAUGAGAAUGGUCAAGGGCUAGAGAGGAAACGCCAACCUCAGUGCAGUGGAUGGUAGUGGGGUCAGGUGUAGAGGUGUCAGUGAAGUGGAACUGGAGGUACAGGGGUAGGUGAUGAAGCUGUGGGCUUCUGAGAGAAGAGACACUGUAGAUGCAAUUGAAGAUGAGGACUUCCAUACUGAAUUCAACAGCAAAAGAUAGACGAUGAAGUACCUCUGGAAAGAACCUUCUAAACUGAGAAACAGGUCCAAGCUCAAAAGAGAUGAAGUGGGUAGGCUUGUGUUUCACAGAGGAAAUGAGAUCCCAGACUUGUAUCAGGAUAUGAAUAGGCAAGGGCUGUUCUCAAUGUGUGGGAAACUGGUAGGACGCUACCUGUCAUAGGAUGGCUCCAAAUGGCAUGUAGCUACAUCAAAAGGCAAGCAGGAGUGAACCGGAGUGAUAAAGUGGGAGAGAAGAUGAUUGCAAUGAUGCAAGACAUCUUGGAGAGAAUGCUAGUGGAAGACCUGGUGAGGGACAACUGGUAUGUGCCUGACACAAAAAAAGGAUCCUAUAGUGUGACACGAGUAGUAUAGCAUUGAGAGUCAUUCAGGAAAUAGGAAGUAUUGAAGUGAAAGAUGCAGCAUGGCUCAAGAAGAAAGACAACUACAACCAUGUCAAUGUAGCUGAACUGGUCACUGUGUUAAAGGGCAUGAAACUAGUGCUGAUAUAGGGACUGUGAGUGGUGGGUGGCAACCAGAGAAGAAUUCACACACAAAAGGGGCCAUGGAAAUGGGGAUUAAGUAUUGCCUGGGAAUUCUGAGGGAACUAGCUGCUGAGUUCAUGCCUUCAGAAAAGAAUAAGGUGGAUAUUCUAACCAGAGUAAAAAAGCACUGGUUGGAAACAACAGAGGAUGUUCCAAGCAAAGUGGCUGCAGCUAGUCAGCUAAAGGGCCCAGAACUAAGGAGGCUGCACAGUGGGGGUCGACAGAAUGUUGUUUUUGGUCAAGACAGUUAACUCUGAUGUCACCAGAAGAGAGUGUUUAAAAGGUAGUUAGGAAUUGUGAUAGGUGUCAGUCCAUCAACCCUAUACCAAACGUACAUGAAACAGGAAAGAUUUGGAGGAAGACUGGAAGAGGCUAGUGAUAAAUGUGAUGCACUAUCGGGAAGGGGUAUAUCUCUCAAUGGUUGACUGCAGGCUACAGUGAAUAGCAAUAUGGAUAAAAAUCAAGAUUGCGACUGCGGCUGAAAUUGCAAAAGUGCUGAACGCAGUGUUCUUGGAAAGAUGGCCUGUAGAUGAGCUGUUAAUGAACAAGAGCACAGUUUUUCGCUCAGAGCAAAUGAUUUUGAUUCCAAGGAUCUAAUUCCAGUCAUUUUGAUUCCCAGGCUAUGUUAGUUGAGAAAAGGAAAGUGGGGAAGAUCACUUACUUUGGCUUUGAAAAUGGCUUGACAAUCCAGUUUUCUAGAUACUUUAAAAGGUCCUCUCUGAGUAAAAGUUUGAAAAUCACCAUAUCAUGUGAAAAUUUAUUUUUCAGUUUACUGUGUUGCUUUUGUUUUCUGUUUUCCUUUGUUUUUUUGUUUUUUAUCUCUGGUUAUGUUAGUUGAGAAAAGGAAACUGGGGAAUAAGAAUACAUAUUUAAAACAAACAUACAAAUCUGCACAUGCACUGACUCUAAAUACUGCACAAAUACACACAUCCAUGCAUAAAUACCCUAUUAAUGUUGCUGAAGUUCCAAUGAAGGAGCCUUGGUAAAAAAACUGGCUCUCUCUAUUGGCAAGAAAUCAUUAAUUGCAAUGAAUAGAAGAAAACAGUAGGGUGUAUAAUUUAGUUUCACUAGGACCAGAGACAACACUAAUCUAUGGCUUUCAUGAAAUGCAAGACUAUGUCAUGAUCAUUCAGUCUGUAACCUUGCUUUGAGGAAAAAGUAUAUUUACUGGGUGUGCAACCAUGAAAAUAAUAUCAUGCAUUGACAUAUUAAAGCUUGGCUUACACUAAUGGGAUUUUAGUGUGAAGGGAGGAAACUCUCGUUUAGCUGGUGUAAAUUAGGUACAUAGACACACAUAAAUGUAUCAUCGUUGUAACGUCCACUUUUUCAUGUUUGCAUAGAUCAGAUAGAAUUUCAUUGAGACAGAUUUUCUGUGGCUGGAUGCCUAUCACCAGCCCGCACCUGUUUCCAAGCAAGAAAAUAUUUCUCUAUGGCUGGUCAUGUUUUCACAGAAGAUUAGAAUAUGAUGCAAGUAUGAACUGGUACCUUGUACCCUACGUUUGCAAGUUGUUUGGGUGUCUAUGUAGUAGCUAAUAUACAUAGACAGCCUCUAAACCUUUCCACCCUUGAGUCAGUGGUAUAUUGAGGAAGUGUCAGCUGGAGAGAACUGCACCAGUAGCUGGUUGGUACUCAAUUUCUGUUGACUAGACUGGAGCAAUGUGUGUCCUUACUCAAGGGUAUAAUGUGCUGCCUGGCCCAGAUAUUGAAACCACAAUUUUACAAUCAUGACUCCAAUAUCAUUAGGUCACAUGCACACACACACACACACACACACACACACACACACACACACACACACACACACACACGUGUAGGUGUGUGUGUUUGUGUGCAGGUUUAGUUGUGUAGAUGCAGAAUUUACUUUGUAAUCAUGUGGUUUUGAGUUCUAGCUCACUGCUUGACAACUUCUCCUGUAGGCUUGAUCUGAUCAAUGUUUUUUCAAUGGAAUUUAUCAACAGAAAUUAUAAAAACAUAGACUUAUCCAUCACAGCAAAAUAAAGAGCCUAAAAAUA